CCUCUGCCCCCACCAGCCUCUUGGGGGUCGAGGUCAAGGAAAGUUCGCACCGAAAUUCCCUCUAAUUUAUUCAAAGGUGCUCGCUUUGGGUUCCUUUUGGAAACACCAGGAAUGGUCAUUUCUACUUUUCAGGACCUCUGCACGAAGAAGCUAAGGAGAAUCUUAUGUAGAUAAAGUGAAGCCUCUCUCACUGUCCUUUCACGUUUGGGGACGUCUGUAUUUCUCCCUCCACAAGGAGUGUGUGCAGCACCAUCAUGAACGUGACAAGUUUGUUUUCCUUCACAAGUCCAGCUGUGAAGAGACUUCUUGGCUGGAAACAGGGUGACGAGGAAGAAAAAUGGGCAGAGAAGGCCGUUGAUGCUUUGGUGAAAAAACUGAAGAAAAAGAAGGGUGCCAUGGAGGAACUGGAAAAGGCCUUGAGCUGCCCGGGCCAGCCCAGUAACUGCGUCACCAUUCCCCGCUCCCUGGACGGCAGACUGCAGGUCUCCCACCGGAAGGGGCUGCCUCACGUCAUCUACUGCCGCGUGUGGCGCUGGCCCGACCUUCAGAGCCACCACGAACUGAAGCCGUUGGAAUGCUGCGAGUUUCCCUUCGGCUCCAAGCAGAAGGAGGUGUGCAUCAACCCCUACCACUAUAAGCGAGUAGAAAGCCCCGUUCUUCCUCCAGUACUGGUUCCAAGACACAGCGAAUACAAUCCUCAGCACAGCCUCUUAGCUCAGUUCCGCAACUUAGGGCAAAAUGAGCCUCACAUGCCACUCAACGCCACUUUCCCGGAUUCUUUCCAGCAGCCCAACAGCCAUCCGUUUCCUCAUUCUCCCAACAGCAGUUACCCCAACUCUCCUGGAAGCAGCAGCAGCACGUACCCUCACUCUCCGACCAGCUCAGACCCAGGAAGCCCCUUUCAGAUGCCAGCAGAUACACCCCCACCUGCUUACCUGCCCCCUGAAGACCCCAUGACCCAGGAUGGCUCUCAACCCAUGGACACAAAUAUGAUGGCGCCUUCUCUGCCCUCAGAAAUCAACAGAGGAGAUGUACAGGCGGUUGCUUAUGAGGAGCCGAAACACUGGUGCUCUAUUGUCUACUAUGAGCUCAACAAUCGCGUGGGCGAAGCGUUCCAUGCCUCUUCCACGAGCGUGUUGGUGGAUGGUUUCACCGAUCCUUCCAACAACAAGAACCGCUUCUGCCUCGGGCUGCUCUCCAACGUUAACCGGAAUUCCACCAUCGAAAACACGAGGCGGCAUAUCGGAAAAGGAGUCCAUCUUUAUUAUGUCGGAGGUGAGGUGUAUGCCGAAUGCCUCAGUGACAGUAGUAUUUUUGUGCAAAGUCGGAACUGCAACUACCAUCACGGAUUUCAUCCCACUACUGUUUGCAAGAUCCCGAGUGGGUGUAGUUUGAAAAUUUUUAAUAACCAAGAGUUUGCUCAGUUACUGGCACAGUCUGUGAACCACGGCUUCGAGACGGUCUAUGAGCUCACAAAAAUGUGCACUAUCCGCAUGAGCUUUGUGAAGGGCUGGGGAGCAGAAUACCACCGCCAGGAUGUUACCAGCACCCCCUGCUGGAUCGAGAUCCAUCUGCACGGCCCCCUCCAGUGGCUGGAUAAAGUCCUUACCCAGAUGGGCUCACCUCAUAACCCUAUUUCAUCUGUGUCUUAAACGCCUCAGGCUUCUGCCUCUGGAACACUAUUGAGCCUUGCAUGUACUUGAAGGAUGGAUGAGUCAGACAACCAUCUGAACUGACAAAGGAGCCUUGACAAUACUUGACCUCUGUGACCAACUGUCGGAUUCAGAAAUUGAAAAACCGGGGUAACAUACUGUUGAUAUCAAGAACCUGUUUCGUUUACAUUGUAACAUUGGAUUGUAAAAUCAACUAAAAUGCAUACUUUUUAGCAGGACUUUGUGUAUAGUUAAAGGAGAGAAGGCCAAGCCAGGGACAAAUCACCUAUUGGAAAAACGAUCCUAAGAGAGUCUUUUGUGUUUGGCAUUUUAAGGUCAUCGUUUGGCAGAAGUUAAGCAUUAAUAGUCUUUCUGAUGUGUGUUUUUAUCAGGUUUAGAGCCUGCGUGGAGUAUUCUCUUCGUGGGUUUUCAUAAUAUUUUAAAACUAUUCGUUUAGUAAAGGGUUUUGUUUGUUUUUUAAGUAAAGGUUAAUCUUGGUGAUAUACAUAGUAAUCUUUCUAAAAUUGUAUGCUGACCACAAUGCUGUCAGAAUAAUGUUAGACAUACGCUCUUUGCUAAAUAUAUAUGUACAGAAUAUUUGAAAGUUAAGAAUUGAUUAGA